AUGGCGACUUUAUUGCAAUCGCGUCUCGUCAAGUACAAAUGCAGUUGCGACGAAUGGAGCGCCUUAUCCGACCUUUUCUACUGCAAACAUUGUAGAGCUUUAAAGUUUGUUCAUUUUUUUAAAAUCUUUUCUGUCAAACUGAAUUUCAAGAUGCCGUGGCUGUUCGUCUAAUGAGAUCGAUAUGCUUUUCUGCCCGAGUUGCCUCGAAAAUUCGUCGGUCACGGAGGCGCGGCUGAAAAAAUACCGUUGCAUGAGCUGCAAUGAAUGUCCCAAAUGCGGUAUUUCAAUUAAAAUUUGAUUGUUUCAAGUAUUUUUAUUUUUAGGAAGACUUUUGGCUGUGAGGACGGCCAAUGAAAAAUUCUAUCUGGUUUGUAUCGGAUGUCGUUGGACGACGAGAGAAACGGAUACUCCCGACCAGCAAGCGAGCUCCCAGUGGCCAAUGUUUGAUUGAAUAUAAAAAAUGAAGAAAAUGGUGUUUUAGGCAGGAAAAUCCGUAUGAAGAGGAGAUCCAGAACGUCAUCGAGAAAAUGCGAGGCCUGGCGAAUAUUGAGAAAGCCCAGCGCGAUCAGAGGGACCUGAAAAAGUGAAAUUUUAAAAAUGAAGUAUUUUUUAGGUUGAGUUCAAUAUGAUUGAAAUUAGGAAUGGUUCUUGUUUUUUUUUUUCCGAGUUUCUCAGUCUCCUUGAGGAAUUUUUAAAAGGGUUUUAUUUUCGUAGGAUUUCACUUUUUACUGUUUUUCACGGUCAAUGAAUGCCCAGUAGAACUUUGUAGCCUUGUAAAAUUUUAUUAUUUGAUUAUUUUGACUCGAAGAUUGAAACAAUGACUUCAUCUGUUCGAACCAACGGACGUGUCGAAGCAUUUCUAGUGGCCACUUUAGUAGAUUUAGUACUCUUAAGUGGCCCCUAGAACUGCUGAGAAACAUCCGUAGUUUGUCCGGUUCAUGCUACCAACUCGGACAUAGGUCUUGGACGUGUCGGAGUAUUGUUAGUGACCACUUUAGUAGCGUCAGUACUCUUAAGUGGUCCCUAGGGCUGCUGAGACACAUCUGGGGCCCGUCCGGUUCAUGUUGCUAACUUGAACAUUGGUAACGCCUUCCGGACGUUUUGGAACAUUUCUAGUGGCCAUUUUAGUAGCGUCACUACCCUUAAGGGGUCUCUAGGACUGCUGAGAUACAUCUGGCGCCCCGUCUAGUUUUUGUUACUAACUCGGACCUUGGUAACGUGUCCCGGACGUGUCGGAGCAUUUCUAGUGGCCACUUAGUAGCAUCACUACCCUUAAGGGGUCCCUAGAAUUGCUCAGAAACUUCUACCGAAGUCUGAGUAAGUUAAAAACAUGGUGAGAAUCAUUUUAAUGGUAAUUUUCCUUCUACCUGAUUUUUCCUCUUGCUUUUCGUUUCAAAUUCAAAGAAAUUCAGAAGACCGAUGAACUCCGGCUACCGCCUGACGGACAAGUUUGGGCUGCAGCAAAUGUAUGAAAGACGGCGGAAAACUUUCGAAAAGGCGACCGUUGAUGUGCCGGUUCAUGAACCUGUGGAUGUGAAUCAUAAAAGUAAUACAACGAAAUGUAUCUUUUUUCAGCCCACUCCGUUUUCUUUGGAUUUUCUGAGCGCUAAGCCUCGUCCGACCUUGGAUCAGAUCAUGAGACAGCCUCUCGCCGGCGACCAGCCUCCCAAACCCGUUCACGUCGCUUUGAAAUCGAGGAAAAGCAUUAGGUUUUGGAGAUUUUCGUCUGGAUUACCAUUGAAAUUUAGCUUUUACUUCACAAAAAGUGUCGUUUUUCGAAACUUUUUGGCUGAUUUUUCGCUUUCUUAUUGUCGAAAAUGGUUGAAAAGGGCUCCAUAGAAAGGCUCCUUUUUUGCUGCAUUUUUUCGCCAUUUUCUCGGCUUUUAUGAACCAUUUUUGCUGCCUCUCUCUUUUUCCACCACUUCUUGAGCCAAUCCCAGAAAAAAAUGGCUAGAUAAAGGGACUCUUUUUGAGCCUCCCCCUUUAAGCGGCCAUUAUCCACUAUUAUAACUUUGCCCGUCCCAUUUUUUUCGUCCCAUUUUCCAUUUAAAGAACCUUUUUUUAAAUCUUUAAGCUUGAAAUUUCAAAUUUUGAUUUUUUUUUUUUUAGAUGUAGCUGCCAACACACGCUGGUGAAGUUGGAAUACGGUCCUUCUACUAUCAAAUACAAGCUCAAUGUAAUUUUUGCUUAUUGAUUGGCUUAUAACGACCUUUUUUGUGUUUUAAAGGAGCAUGGAUAAUAUUUAUGAAAGGUCUCGAGGUGAAGAGCCUGUUUUUGAAUUGAAGAAGAUUUUAGACUAUGCGCUUUUAACUAUAACAGAAGGAUAAUAUUAUUCCUUCAGUUAUAUUUUGAUAAUAUUUAAUUUGGUUCUCACAAAUGACGAAACAGUGUGCGAAAAAAAGAGAUUUAGACGUUUCCCUUGUUUUUUGUCUCAAAUGGAAGGUGAAUCGAUCAUAAUUGAUUCAGAAAAGCUUUUUUGAAGUUUAUCCAUUUUUAAAAACUCCAGGAAGCUGUUUUAAUGAACUAUAAUGUUAUUAAAAGUAUAUAAGGUAUUUUUCCAGAUGUUCGCCAGGAAUUUUAUACCAGAAGUUCGGCUUUCGCGAACGCCCAAUUUGAAAGCCGGAAACGAGAAUUGGGUCAUGAUUUCGCUGACCAACCACACCAGCUGCAAACUUGAUGUAUUUUCAAACUUCAAAAAAUUAUAACUUGUACAUUUGCUCAGUUAACACUGACGCCCGAAAGCGGCGAGGGCCUGAUGAACUGUUCGACGGGCGAAAUCGCCCUAAAUCUGCCCUUCGCCGAGGACAGCUCCGAUCUCCUAGGAACUGAGAAAAGAAGCGACAAGUGAGAAGAAAAAAUGAUUUUCCCGAAAAAAAAAAGGGCUGCAAAUUUCGCCAAAAACUUGCUCAAAAAAGCAUGAAAAUUAUGAAAAAUUCGCAGAAACGAACGAAAAGUAGCCACCAAAACGCGCGAAAUUAAGGUUUUAUAACUAUAUUUUUUUUUUCUUUGUUCAAUAAAGUAUGUUCUAUAGAGUAUCAUAGUUCUAAUAUAUUUUUUUAAAUCCAUUAUUUGUUUUUGCUAGUUAACAAUGGUACCCCUAAGAAUCCAUUUUCUGCAUUUUUCAGCGAGGCCGUCGUUUUCCGGCAACGACACCGCGUCGGAAUCCGUCUCGACGUGUCGCAAGUCGCCGAGGACGCUCCUCCGCUCGGACUGAUGAUGAAUCUGCGACUGGACGACUCCUUCAUCCAAACGCCUCUGACGAAAAACGAAGAAACCAAGCCUUCGGAUGAGCCACAAUGGCUGGCCAUUCCCGUUCGUUUGACUCUCCAAGACUCGUGA